AAUACUAAUUUUUGACAUUUCUGGCGAUGUUUAUCAAGAGAGUUUCUGAUGUGGCCAAAAACUUCAAAGAAUUUUUAGAUAUAUAUUCAAAGUAAACGCAAUCAUGUGAUAAUUGAUCGUGGCCGAAUAUUUGUUUCUGCAUUUAAUUUUUUAAAAAAUGGCUUUUCAGACGUUAAGAAAUGAAUAUUUAAAUACACCACCCGUUACUAGGGCCUACACCACAGCUUGUGUUAUUACAACAUUAGCCGUUCAAUUGGAAUUAGCUUCGCCGUUCCAGCUUUAUUUCAAUCCUAUAUUAAUACUAAAACAAGGCCAGUUAUGGAGACUCAUAACCACUUUUUUGUUCUUCGGAACAUUUGGUUUCAAUUUUUUCUUUACGAUGAUAUUUACUUAUCGGUACUGUAGAAUGUUGGAGGAAGGAUCGUUUAGGAAUAAAACAUCAGAUUUCCUAAUGAUGUUUUUGUUUGGAGCUUUUUGUAUGGUUAUAUUUGCGUUUUUCGUCAACUUAUUAUUUUUAGGUCAAGCUUUUACAAUAAUGUUAGUAUAUGUCUGGUCAAGAAGGAAUCUAUACGUUAGGAUGAAUUUUUUCGGGUUAUUAAAUUUUCAGGCACCUUACUUGCCAUGGGUUCUAGUGGCAUUUUCCGUUCUAUUGGGUAAUGCUGUAUAUGUAGAUUUGAUGGGUAUUGCUGUAGGUCACAUCUACUAUUUUUUGGAAGAUGUUUUUCCCAAUCAAAGAGGAGGAUUCAAAAUAUUGAAGACCCCAAACAUAUUGAAGCAGCUGUUUGAUGAACUUCCAGAAGACAGAGAUUACGAAAGGUUACCAGAGGAUCGACCAGGUGGCUUUGAUUGGGGCAACCAAAGAAAUCGUGAUGAAAACCAACAGCAAAAUGAAAACAAUGCGGGAAAUCCACAAUAAGGGUGUAUUUUUUAUGAAAUUUGUAAUAUAUUGUAAUUUAUAAAAUUAUAUUAACUACCUUU